GGGAGAGGCUUGGGCAGCGGCAACCGCUGAUUGGCAGUAAAGGGGUUCACGCCCCAUCUCCUGCUCGAACAGAACCGGAACAGCCAAUCAGAGCGAGGCCUGAUGGAAACAACCCAAUCCUGGAGCCGGGCUGAGGGUGGGGGCGGGGACAAGUGUCUCAGGCGGAUUGAGGGCUGGAGCUGCCCUGGGGAAGCUUUGCUCUUGCUGCUGCUGCUGUUCUGGGGGUACAGUUGCCAGGCAAAAAGCCCUGAGGGUUGAGGGGAGCCAUGAGCCGGUUCCUGAACGUGUUACGAAGCUGGCUGGUUAUGGUGUCCAUCAUCGCUAUGGGGAACACGCUGCAGAGCUUCCGGGACCAUACCUUUCUCUAUGAAAAGCUCUACACCGGCAAGCCAGACCUCGUGAAUGGCCUCCAAGCUCGGACCUUUGGGAUCUGGACACUACUCUCAUCAGUGAUUCGCUGCUUGUGUGCCAUCGACAUCCACAACAAGACGCUCUACCACAUCACACUCUGGACCUUCCUCCUUGCCCUGGGCCACUUCCUCUCCGAGUUGUUCAUCUAUGGGACCGCAGCUCCCACGAUUGGCGUCCUGGCACCCCUGAUGGUGGCAAGUUUCUCGAUCCUGGGUAUGCUAGUUGGGCUCCGGUACCUAGAAGCAGAACCAGGAUCUAGACAGAAGAAGAGAAACUGAGGCCGACAUCACCACAUCCAAGACUUCAUCUUCCACCUCUGCCAUCAUCUUCCUGCAACCCUGUGCUUUUUAAUUUCUUAUUUUCUGCUCCAUCUUCAGCCCCCUUAGCCCCUUCUAGCCUUUUACAUUUCCGUUUUUUCUUUAGAAAUUUUUAAGAUAUAACAUAUGUGAAGUCUGUACCAUUUAAAUGUAUGUACCAUUUAAAGAAUCAUUUUGAAGUGAAUACUCUGUGCCUCCAUCCAAAUCAAGAAAUUGCCAGCACUCAGACACCCACUGUGUGCCCUCUCCCCACCCACAGCUGCUUCCAGGGUCCCUCUUCCAGCCUUCUGCUUUUUUCCUUUUAUUUUGACCCCUUGAUUUGACUUGUAUGGUGGGAACACUUGAACUGUGAAACUUAAAGCUGCUGCCUCACCCAGAGCAGCUGCCUCUAAGGGCUGCUUCCAGAGGUUGUCCAUCCAGGUUGGGCUCCUCUCUGCUGCUGGACCCGAGACUCUGAACCAUCCAAGGGACAGGCAGUUCUUCAAAGAAGGGCUCCCCUGCAAGUGAGCAUGACUCCUAUCCUUGUGCCUCCAGGUGGAUCAGGGUUGGAAGAGUCUGGGCUGUUUUUAGACCUUCUGGUCAGUUGUAUUUGUGUAAAGAAUUUUGUAAUAAAUAGAAAAACCCUCUA